AUGAACUUGUCAUUUUUCUAUUUGAAUAAUAAGCGAAUAUUUCCUCGGGAUAUGGCAUCUUUUGUUCAAAUAAAUCUAUCUAUCUAUCUAUCUAUCUAUCUAUCUAUCUAUCUAUCUAUCUAUCUAUCUAUCUAUCUAUCUAUUCAUCUAUCUAUCUAUCUAUCUAUCUAUCUAUCUAUCUAUCUAUCUAUCUAUCUAUCUAUCAGUCCGUUCAUAUCUAUCUAUCUAUCUAUCUAUCUAUCUAUCUAUCUGUCUGUUGUCUGUUCAUUAUCUAAUCUGUUCAUUAUCUAUCUAUCUAUCUAUCUAUCUAUCUAUCUAUCUAUCUAUCUAUCUAUCUAUCUAAAUGCAUUUUCACACUGUCUUCGUCUACAAAAACUUUCUAUUUCAUGUCGAAUAUUCCUGAAUAUUAAAUUAUCUAUCUAUCUAUCUAUCUAUCUAUCUAUCUAUCUAUCUAUCUAUCUAUCUAUCUAUCUCAGUUUAUUAACACACUUUUUUUUUCUGGUCAAGCAGCAACUUUUUCUUCGCAUGUCAGACUUGCAGCUCGUUUUAGUCGACUGUUUUGAAAUAUUCUCUUUCCGAGCUCUUCUGAAAGACUAG